AUGGGAGGCUGCGCCUCAAGGCCUAACGGUAAGGCUAAUAAUAUUCAUAAAAGAGGAAGCAAAAAUUCUAGAAAACGCAAGGGAUAUGUUUCCAAUGCUGUACCUGACAUGCCGAUAAAAAGGCUUAGCAAUGCUGGUGACCAUGUGGGAGACUUUCCCCUUGAUGACUGCAUUCAAGACUUUGAGAAUGGUGCUCCAGCCACGACUCCGAAAUCUGAUGUUUCUAACGUGAAAUUUCAUAUCGCCCAACUCCAAUAUCACAGCCGUAGAAAAAUCCAUGAGGAUGCCUGGUUUGACUCAGCUAGCAUUAUAGAGUCUGAAUCGGAUGAUGAUUUCAGUAGUGUGCAUGGAGAUUGUUUUCCCUUUAUUAGUAAUGCUUUGGGAAAUGUCCCAAACACUCAAUUACUCCAGCAGCAUGAAAAUGAAUCGUGCUUUGUAGAUUCAGGAUUAUAUGAAAGCCACAUUAAAGGUAGUGACAAUGAGACUGCGGAGGUUUGUUCUAAUGACAUGAACCAUUCUCCAUCAAGUCCUCAAACUGUACAAAGAAAGCAGCAACCGGCAGUAUUUAUGCUUUCUGUGCAAAAGAAAUCCAUUGAUGGAAGUGAGAAAAAUGAAUUAUGUGCAUCCGAGAGAUUUCUGUAUCGUCCUAAAGCUGGGCUUCAGAUUCCAAAUACAGCUCAAGAGAAACCAUGCCCUGGUUCCUGGUCCGUAGUUUCACCGUCAGUUUUCAGUCUCCGUGGAGGAAAUUUUUUCAGGCAUAAGUGCCCUGCUCCAGAUUUUAGCCCUUAUGUACCAAUAGGUGUUGAUUUAUUUGCCUGUCCCCGGAAGAUAAAUCACAUUGCUCGGCAUCUUGAAAUUCCAUCUUUCGAAGAACAUGAGAACGUACCUUCCCUCCUAAUUGUUAAUAUACAGUUGCCAACAUAUCCUGCUAGCAUGUUCCCCGGUGAUGCUGAUGGGGAAGGCUUGAGCCUUGUAUUAUAUUUUAAAUUAUCUGAGAAUUUUGAAAAAGAUACUUCUCAACACUUCCAGGAGAGCAUCAAGAGAUUAGUAGAUGAUGAGAUGGAAAAGGUGAAAGGCUUUACAAAGGAAAGCUUGGUUCCCUUUAAUGAAAGGCUAAAAAUUUUGGCUGGGCUAGUUAAUCCAGAGGACCUUCAGCUAAAUUCUACAGAGAAAAGGCUUAUAAAUUCCUACAAUGGAAAGCCAGUGCUUUCACGCCCUCAACACUGUUUCUUUAAGGGACCUAACUACUUCGAGAUUGACUUGGAUAUACAUCGCUUUAGCUAUAUAGCAAGGAAAGCACUUGAUUCACUUCGAGACCGCACAAAAGAUGUAGUACUUCAUUUGGGCUUAACUAUCCAGGCACAGAAGCAAGAGGAACUGCCAGAACAAGUCAUGUUUAUGGAGUUGGUCAAAAUGAGGCUCCCUAAGGACUUACAUGUCAAUGAGGUUCCCAAAGGUGGAGUUGCUGAGUAA